UACAGACAAAAUUCUAACCACAGUGACAGAUUGUCUUCGUCGAAGAUACGAUCUGCACUGGUAAGGUAAUAGAUAUUGUUGCUGAGAGUCAGGCGCGUUUUCUUAAAUUGGAAAAUGAAACCCAAGACGGAUUUAUUGAAUGAGCCUGCAUGGAAGCAGCUGCAACAAUAUUUCGAUAAUAAUGGCUCGAAAAUAAAUAUAUACAAUAUGUUUCAGCAGGAUUCUAAACGUUUUGAAAAAUUCAGCUUGGAGCUCCCUACUCCACAAGAUGGACCGAUUUUGUUGGAUUAUUCCAAGAAUAAAAUUAAUGGAGAAGUACUUGGAUUAUUAUUUAAUCUGGCUCGUACACGGGAAAUAGAAGCUGCAAGAAGUGCCAUGUUUAAUGGUGAAAAGAUCAAUUUCACAGAGAAUAGAGCAGUCCUGCACAUUGCUUUGCGUAAUAGAAGCAAUACACCGAUAUUAGUAGAUGGAAAGGAUGUAAUGCCUGAUGUUAAUGCAGUAUUAGAGCACAUGAAAAGUUUUACGAAUGAAAUACUGACGAAACAAUGGAAAGGAUUCACUGGUAAACCUAUUGAAGAUGUUGUUAAUAUUGGAAUUGGUGGCUCUGAUCUUGGUCCACUUAUGGUGACCGAAGCUUUAAAAGCAUACAGCAUUGGACCUAAAGUUCACUUUGUUAGCAAUAUAGAUGGUACUCAUAUAGCCGAAACUCUCAAGAAGUUAAAUCCAGAAACAACUUUAUUCAUAAUAGCUUCCAAGACAUUUACAACUCAGGAAACUAUAACUAAUGCAACUACUGCCAAGUUGUGGCUUUUGAAGGCAUUAAAAGAUGAAACUGCAGUGGCCCGCCAUUUUGUAGCAUUAUCUACUAAUGAACAAAAAGUUAAAGAGUUUGGCAUCGACGUGAAAAAUAUGUUUGGUUUCUGGGAUUGGGUCGGCGGACGUUACUCAUUGUGGUCAGCUAUUGGUUUAUCAAUCUGUUUGUCUAUUGGUUUUGAUAAUUUUGAAAAGCUUUUAAGUGGCGCUCACUUUAUGGAUCAACACUUUUGCACAGCGCCAUUAGAGCAAAAUGCUCCUGUCAUAUUGGCUUUACUUGGGAUAUGGUAUCAUAACUUUUAUAAGGCUGAAACACAUGCAUUAUUACCAUAUGAUCAAUACUUACAUAGAUUUGCAGCUUACUUUCAGCAAGGCGACAUGGAAAGUAAUGGAAAAUAUAUCACUCGUUCUGGAAGACCUGUAAAUUACUCCACUGGGCCAAUUGUGUGGGGAGAACCAGGUACUAAUGGACAACAUGCAUUCUAUCAGUUACUGCAUCAAGGCACAAGACUUGUACCAGCAGAUUUUAUAAUACCAGUUCAAUCUCAAAAUCAGAUUGCUCCACAUCACACAAUUUUACUUGCCAACUUCUUUGCGCAAACUGAAGCUUUAAUGAAAGGCAAGAAUGAAAAUGAGGCUCGAGCCGAAUUACAAAAAUCAGGACUGACCGCUGAACAAGUGGACUUAUUAUUACCACAUAAAUUGUUUGAAGGAAACAGACCGACAAACAGCAUUGUAGUAAAGAAACUAACUCCUUUUAUUCUUGGUGCUUUGAUUGCAAUGUAUGAACAUAAAAUUUUUAUUCAGGGUAUUAUUUGGGAUAUUAAUUCAUACGAUCAAUGGGGCGUGGAGUUGGGAAAACAGCUAGCUAAAGCCAUUGAACCAGAACUGGCUAGCGCAGAAAAUAUCACAACGCAUGACUCAUCGACUAAUGGCUUGAUAGCAUUCGCUAAACGCCACAGAGCCUAGAUAUACUUAUUUAGCUAUAUUCUUUGUUACAAGAUGUUUAAAAUAGAAACAGCUGAACAUGAAUAGCUCUGUUUCAAGUUAUUAUAUUAGAGUUUAUGUAUAUACUUGGCAUAAUUAAUGAAAAAGGGAUUGUAAAAAAGGGAAUAUUAAACGUAACUCUUUAAGAUUUCUUUAAACUUGUUAAUUCCUCAUAUUAUGAUCAUAUUGGAUUUAUGAUGUCCAUAUGAUAUAGUAUGUUUCAAAAUGUAUUAGAAUUCUAUAAUUUAUGUACUAUAGAUUUUCAAUACUGUCGAUACAUUAUGGAAUGUACUUUUUAAGUUGUGGUAUGAAGAAUUAAUUAUUUUAAUAUUAUUUUAAUGUACAGAAAAAAAAAGAAUUAUAUAAUUCAAUGUUGCAAUAUUAUCAGAGCAAUGUAAUCAGAGAAACUACAGUUAUGAAAAUGAUUUGAUCACAUUUAAUUUACUUACUCAAUUAUAUUUAAUGUGAUCUGAGAUAAUUGAAUAGGAAGAUAUAAAAGAUAGUUGUAAUCAGCAUAAUGUAAAUAAGUAAAAUGUAUGAGUAGUAAUGCAAUAUAUAUAACAUUAUCCUCAACAGAA